AUGGACAUGGAGACCGUCGAAGAUCUUCUAAUCAAUGGUUUCAUUGAAACCAUCAAUCGAUUGAUUGUAGUCUGCGACAUGUUUAAUUCACAAAAUUACUAUGCAAAGGUCAAGCAGCUUGGAAUAAAAGGGAUAUCGGAUACUAUUAAACUUCCGAAAAGCAAGAAACCAGUUCAAACUAAAAGCAUACCUAGGAAAUUACUAGGACUAAUGAAAAAAUUGGAUGUAGCAAUAAUGAGUCUUGAACUAGACUCAGAAAUUAUAAAACAAUGGAUACUGAUCCCAAAACGUGAGGAACAUUAUAACAUAUACUAUUGUUUCAUACAAGAUUUGUUGGGUGAACUCCGUCACAUCAAGGGCGAAGCUGCGCUAAUGCUGCAGAGGAUCGCCAGAUUCUUCAUGGGCAGAGCUAACUUAGUAUUAUCUCAUUACAAGCAUCCAGCAGUCGAUUAUUACAAGACCGUCAUAGCUGAAUUUGAUGCUGAAGAAUACACUCGCAUGGAUAUGAGAAUCGAGAAUGUCAAGAGUGGAUGCUAUCAACUCCAAGUAAUUAUUCACAAUCACUUGUGCGAGUUGCUGACAUACGAUGAACCCACCGUCUGCUCAGACACAGAAUCCGGUCCGAUAACACCUAACUCAGUUUUAGCUGUACGCUCAAUUUCAACAAUUAGCACGGUGUCGUGCUCACUCUCCGACGUGGAUAUGAACACAAACUCCGACUCAGACUCACUUUAG